UCUCCCCUCCUCCAGUUGUCGUCACUCAAGAUAGUUUAGUUGAAAUAUCUGGUGAUUUCAGACUUGUGGAGAGUUAUUUCAAUGAAUAAUGUUUCACACAUGGCUUUUAUUGUGUUUGUUCUUGUGGCAUGUGGUCGGUGUGUUUGGUGUUGAUCCAGAUGAAGUGAAGUCAGUGUCAGUGAUGGAGGGAGAUUCUGUCACUUUACACACUGAUCUUAAUCAAAUACAACAUGAUGAUGAGAUCGACUGGAGGAUUAGACCUGAAAACAUUCGCAUCGCUAGAAUCAAGACAAAGAUCUUCAAUACAUAUGAUGAUGUUCUUGAUGGGAGAUUCAGAGGUCGACUGCAGCUGAACCAUCAGACUGGAGAUCUCACCAUCACAAACAUCACAACUGAACACACUGGACUUUAUCAACUAAUCAUCAUAACGUGGAAGAAAACAACAAAUUAUUUCAGCGUCACAGUUUCUGCUCUGCCGGUUCCUGUGAUCAUCAGAGACUCUUCUCAAUAUUCUUCAAGCUCUAAAUGUGUGUUGGUGUGUUCAGUGGUGAAUGUGACACAGGCGACUCUCUCCUGGUACAAAGGAAACAGUUUAUUGUCCUCCAUCAGUGUGUCUGAUCUCAACAGAAGUCUCUCUCUACAUCUGGAGGUGGAAUAUCAGGACAACAACACCUACAGCUGUGUGAUCAACAAUCCCAUCAGAAACCAGGCUAAACAUCUCAACAUUACUGAAGUCUGUCAGCCGUGUUCAGGACUUUAUUGUUCUCUUAUAAUGUGGAUAUCCGCUGCUGCUGCUGGAACUCUCUUCAUCGCUGCAGUUUUGAUGAUCUUCAUCUACAGAAAACACCGAAAAACUGAUCAAGAGGAUCAAACUCGUGCAGGAGAGAUCGUUUACGCUGAUCCAACAUUAUUCAAAAGAGCACAGAAACCGAUAGUUCAUCAGGAGGAUGAUGUGGUGUACGCGGGUGUUGCUGUGAGACAUUGAUCAAACUCUCUGAGAUUCAAUUUCCUCAUUUAUAAUGUUCUGAUCACUGAAACUAUGACUCUGUUCAGCAGUAAUACUGUAUUAAAUGAGUCAUUUAAAGUGGUGA